AUGAGAGGAGAAUGGCAUGGUUUGCAGACUCUAUUUUUGAAUGAGUGCCCGUAUGCAUAUUACAUUCAUUGUUUCGCUCAUCGACUACAGCUGAUAUUAGUUGCUACAUCUCAAAAAGUUAUUCCUAUUGAGCACUUUUUUUCCCAGCUUCUUAUUAUUAUUAAUGUAGUUGAUUCUUCUGCGAAGCGCCAUGAUCAACUGCAAAUUGCGCAGGCUAUUCGAAUUGAAGAGUUGACUUCAACCAAUCAGCUUGAAACUGGUAGAGGAAAAAAUCAGAUUGGAAGUUUACAACGUCCAGGUGAUACACGAUGGAGCUCUCAUUUGAACUCUAUGCACAGCUUACUUAAGAUGUUUGAUUCUGUUCUUGUGGUACUUGGUGAGAUCAUAAAUGAUAGAAGUGCUGCUUCUAGGGCUGUCGCUGAUAAAGCUUAUGAUGUGAUGAUGUCCUUUGAAUUUGCAUUUGUCUUGCAUUUUCUUAUUGAUUUGUUGGGAAGAGCAAAUGAUCUUUGUAGAAUGUUGCAGUGCAUAUCCCAAGAUAUUGUUAAUGCAAUCGAUGCAGUAUCGAAUACAAAAGAGAUCAUCCAAAAAUUCCGAGAAAAUGGUUGGAGUGGGUUACUAGAAAAGGUGAAGAGGUUUUGUGAGCAGCGAGAUAUUGAAAUUCCUGACAUGAAUGGUGUGCGUCGAUCAAGUAGAGGUCGUGCUCCGAACAAUCUUGUCACGUGGGAGCACCAUUAUCGAGUCGACAUCUUCUAUGGAACAAUAGAUUGCAUAUUGCAAGAAUUGGGAUUUAGAUUCAAGGAAGAUGCAAUUGAGUUGUUAAAGUUGAGUUCAUCUUUGGAUCCACGACGUGGGUAUGAAUUGUUUAGUAUUGAUGAUAUUUGCAAGCUAGUUGAGAAGUACUAUCCGGCUGAUUUUUCAAGUCAAGAUAAGCUGCAUCUUAAGUAUCAACUCGAACUUUAUGAGCUUGACAUUCGAAAAAGUGCACAUUUUCAACAUGGUGAGACACUUCCUGAAUUAUGUCAACUAUUAUCAAAGACAGGUAAGUCAGCCAUUUACUAUCUUGUUGACAGGUUGAUUAGACUUAUUUUGACUCUUCCGGUUUCAACGGCAACAUCAGAACGUGCAUUCUCCGCCAUGAAAAUUGUGAAGACAAGGUUACGGAAUAAAAUGGAAGAUGACUUCUUGUCUAGUUCUCUGAUAAUGUUUAUCGAGAGAGAAAUAGCUCAGAGCUUUGAUGUUGACUCAAUUAUAGAUGAGUUUGAUCUCAUGAAAACUCGUAGAUCGCAACUUAAAAUUGGUUGCAAGUGA